CUCAGAAAAGUAUUGCGUAUUUCGUGAGUUCGUAACUCUGCACAAGGAAAAAAUGGCCGAAACAAAACACUUUUAUUGGAAUGGCUCGCGCAAACAGCGACUAAUUCUGGCACAAGUGAUUACUGGUCUUGUCAUCAUCGGAGUUGAAUUUCCGAGGCCAAUUAUUUGGCAUACUGCAACCGUAGCAGACUUUUUCCAGUUUUUUAUCGCACUGACAGCCACCCUUCUAAGUGGGGUUAGACUGGCUGAUGAGCUGCAGCAAGAUCAUCCGAUUAGGAAAGUUUUUGGAGCGGCUUUGUGGUUCCAGUCGGAGCUCCGAUUUACCGGAUUGGCUGCUGUCAUGUUUCACUGCUCAGCCUGGGCAGUGCUGCUGGCAACAUUCGGAUACGUUUGGUAUCCGGCGCUGAGUAUUAUUGGAAUUAUUUUUGGCUUGGCAGCCAGCAUUUUGUACCUGAUCAAUUGGUGGGGGCUCUUCCAGGAGAGACACGUUGUCAGAGGUGAAAUCGGCGGGGAGACGGUAAAAAAUGCAGAUAACGUGGGGGAAGGAAAAUAUUUGGCAUCUGUUCCACUGGUUGGACAGAUUGGACAACCCGAAAAGGUGAAUAAAGAUCCACGAGUCGUGGAACCAAACAACUACAUUUGAAAGCGGCAGCAAUGUCAGUCAAUGUUCUGUUUGAAGCAUAAUUUUAUAACCUACUAUAGCUACUGUUUAAAAUAAUUAAAGCGUGAGUUUCA